UACAACUCAGUCGCUAAGUUUUGAGUCACAUUCUACCGGGAGCGAGGCGGGCUGGCGCGCAAAAAUACGAUCCUUUUUAAACAAAUUUGGAAAUAUGUAUUUUUUAUUCAACGUUAUUCCUUGUGUGUUAGAUGAAUAUAUUUUGCAAUAUAUUUACGCAUACGAUUGGAAUAAUUUCUUUCGAUUGACUGCGGUGGCCGUGUUUGCAACUAUUAUUGCGCGCUGGACGAUCGCUUUCUUGAAGCAAAUUCGGUUGUGCCUUCCACCAGGACCUUAUGGACUUCCGUUCAUCGGAUGUUUGCCAUGGCUGUACCAAGGCUCCCCCCAUUCUUGGUACCUCAAAUGGGCUAAACGAUACGGGAAUAUAUUUUCCUUGAGACUGGGUAACAGCCUUGUGGUAUGCAUAUCAUCAGCUCAAAUCCUUAGAGACGUGUUCAACAAAAGUGAUUCGAUCGGUCGACCAAAAACCCCGUUGAACAAUCUGCUUGGUGGUUAUGGGAUUAUACUAAGCGAAGGUAUCCUGUGGAAGAAGCAGCGCCAAUUCGUUCUUGACAAGUUCCGUGCCCUCGGUGUUAGGUUGUGGAGCAGACAGAAGUUUGAAAAUUGCAUUAUUGAUGAAGUGCAAGAAAUGGUAACAGAAAUAGCCGUUAAGGAGGAACAGCCCCAAGACCCCGUCCUGGUCCUGGGCAGACACAUCCAUAACGUCAUAUGUCAACUGAUGAUGAGCUUCCGCUUCGUUGACGGAGAUCCGCAAUUUCAGGCUUUCAAUGCGUUGGUUACGCGAGGCAUGCAGCUGUUCGGUUCCGUCCAUAUAGGCGAACACCUGCCCAUUUAUAUGAGACUGCCGGGUAAGAAAGCAGUUCUGAAGGAGAUCAAGGCGAACCUGGACAAGAUAAGUAGCUUCCAUGAGGAGCAUCUGAUAAGCCGGAUUGAAAUGCGGAAGAACUCGUCAAUGGACUACACGCCUGAGGACCUGUUGGACUACUACCUCCAGGAGAUGUACAAGGGCGUUGAGGGUGGUGAGCUGCAGACGGUUUUGGAAGAUAAAGAGAAAGUAAAGCAAGCGGUGCAGGUGAUGAACGACCUUUUCUCUGCCGGCAUGGAAACAUCGAGGACUGCUAUCGUGUGGCUGUUGCUGAUGAUGAUUCGGGAGCGGGAGGUGGCUGCUAAGGUUCGAGAGGAGAUGUCGGGAGCGGUUGAACCUGGGCAACUUGUGACCCUGGAACAUCGUCUGCAAAUGCCCUACAUGGAAGCUGUCAUCUUUGAAACCCUGCGCAUAACCUGCAUCGUACCUUUGGGCACUGCGCACGUCAACACCUCGGACUGGAAGGUCGAGGGAUACACAGUUCCAGCUGGUACAACACUCGUGCCGUUGAUCAACAAAAUCAAUAUGGACCCCGAAUUCUUCCCUGAACCGGAAAAGUUCAUGCCGGAGCGUUUCUUGGAGGACAACAGGCUGAACCUACCUGAUCACUUCAUACCUUUCGGGGUCGGUCGUCGUAUCUGCUUGGGAGAGCAAUUGGCAAGAAUGGAGCUGUUCAUCUUCUUUUCGAACCUGAUGAACAACUUCGACUGGGUUAUACCGGAGGGAGACGAGGUACCAGGCUUGGAGGGAACCUAUGGUACCAUUCACAUGCCUCUCCCAUUUAAGGUCAUUUUCAAGAAGUGGCCUUGAAUUGACGGGAGCGAAAUUACUUUUACAGUAAUUUCAAUUUUACGAAUUAAGUAAUACAUAGCUAAUUUACUGACGGCAUCAAUAGUACUCUAAAAUUGAUAUUAAUAGUCAAAUGCAGUUAAAAUUCAAAUUCCUAUUCAAUUUAUUACAUUUCAUCAAACCUUCAUCAAUUUCAACAACAUUCCAACUCAAUGAAUUAGCUAAGUGAUAUUUAAUUUCGUAUAUUUUUUUUCAUUUUAUGCAUGCUAGUUUUAAUCCAUUUUAUCAUUUUGACAUUUUCUUAUUCUUAGAUUUAAUUAGACUAGACUGACAUGAGUAAAUGAUUUUUAACGAUAUGUGUUUCAUUUUAUUGCUAAGUGCAUUUUAUUUUGUAUUAGACUUAAGACAUUCGUGUGAAUGUGGCCAAUGGAUGCCUUAUUUGAUUUUAGGAUAUGAUUUAUAUGUAGCCAAUUUUAGCAUUGUUUCGAAAAUUAACAUCUAAAUGUAAGUAAAUGUGACUAAUCCAAUGAAUGUACGAUGUGAGAAUUUAAAGAAUUACAACCAUUUUUAAGACUGAUUAAUGUACGCCAUAUAUGUAUAAGACUAACAUCGAUUAGUUUGAAUGAAAUUGAUUUUAACAGGCUUAUCACCGCAGCUAUGUUGAGAAAACAUGUCGGCAGAGUUACUUAAUUAAUUCUCAUUUUAAAAAUUAAUUUCAUUCUAUAGAAUAAGUUUUCGGACAAUUGCGAAUGGCUGAACGCAUUUAAAUCAUUAGAUUUAAUUUUUUUAUAUUUUGUGUGACAUUUCAUUUUAUUUUUAGAAUAAUUACCCUAAUUGCAUUGCAUCGGAAAAAGCACUCUUUGUACCUCUGAAAUUGAAUUAAGGGAUUAUUUUUAAAAUGUCUUGACAAACUUUGACAACCCAUACUUUGAUUGCAUGGUGAGGGCGGAGAACGAUGGUGUGAUGGGGCUCCCUGUGCAAGGUUCACUAACUCACUAACGUGUACCUUCCACGCGGAGGCACACCCCACUUCCCUCGUACUUCGCUCUCAUCAGUGUUCUGAAAUUCAAUUUCCAUAAUUUUAUACAGCAAUUUAUACAUUUAGAUAUGCUUCAUUAAUUUGAAGUUAAUUUUAUUUACUAUUUUUCAACUGUUUGCAUUUAUUAUAAUUUUAAAAUCAAUACAUUCGAUUGUAAUGGCAUUCAAUCGAUCUUUAUCAAUUUUUUCGAGCAAUUGCAAUUAAUUAUAUUUUAUAGGAA